AAGAAUAUUGUGGUUAUUGUUAAGCUUGUUAUUGCUCUGUUUGUUAAGGCUGUUAUUAUGGUUAACCGGUAUGGCACUGCUCCAUGGCGCAGGAAUGUGCGACCUCUCCCCGAUCAUCCUCCCUAUCAAUAAGCCAAACAGCUCUUCUCCAGUAGCAACAAGGCCGGCAUGUGCUCUCCGGAGCAGUCCUACACGAGUUUGAAGCUUCUCUAAGUCGAACAAAAUGUACUUUGGAGGAAGUUUAUGGCGUGCGCUUGAUGUCACGACAUUGACGUUAAAUUUCAGGAAGUCCGACCGCCGUGAUGUCACUAGAGAGUGUCUGAGAGUCACUUGAACGGUUUUUUUUUUCAAUCACCAACUCGUGUCAUAUUGCCCGGAACACACAGCCCCGGCACGCACGUAAUCUACUAGAUUAAGGCUUGUUUUCCCCUUUGUAUUGUAUCUUCCAUAAUCGUUGUUUCUGUUUUCCUCUACAUGUAUGUUUAGUGAAUUUAUAUUUUCAGGUUUCUCUCGAAAGAGUAGAUAUAGGAGGUGUGUUGUGUUUGCACGUGGUGAAUUUAGUUGGAAUGGCAGGGGAUUUCCCUAUCCACUGAGUGGUGAUGACAUUGCGAAUUUAAAUCCAGAACAGGAUCGUUGUCAGCCUUAUCCUUCCUUGGUCCAUACAAUUAGUACCAGAGUGCAGCUCUUGACACAAUGAGAGUUGUAUUCCCAGCCACGGCUAACAUCAGUGCUGAGUGGUAGCUAAUCCAGUCUUGGGCUUUCCCCCUUUCUCAACUCGCACUGACCCCCGUGAUGACAUUGUCGGUUAACCCCGAUGCCCCGUGUGGCGUGGUGAAGCCUUCAUCAAGCAGUGGAUUGACCAAAGGGCUGUACAUGUACAAAUCCACAUGUUUAUGCGUCUUCUCCACUUGGUCAGAAGUCAACUGUGGUUUUCACGUGGUCACACUGGCCUUCGGAAUGUUAACGUGGAAUUUCAAGCAGUGAUUCUGGACCGCCGAUGUAAAUAAACAUUGUAAAUUGUUGGGGAGUUUUAUUUUGCGAUAAUUUGUGAGACUGGCUUGAUUUUUCUUAAGUACGGAGUGUUACUUGAGGAGAGUGGAAUCUGUCAUAGGAACAUGGAAUGUUUGUCACCCAGGUCUGACAACAGGGAUGAGUAAUAACCCUCGCUAUUUUGAUCACGGGGACAGUGAAAUCCUUAUGGAGUGCAGUCGUAAAAAUACACACGCAUGUGUAUAUUUAUAAGUGUAGACUGCAUAUACUGCAUGUCUAAGUAUGUACACGGUAAUCUAUACCAAAUGUUUCCUCUUUUUAUAAAAUGUUGUGUAAAAUUUACUGUAAACUCUUGACACUGCAGAAUUCUGUGUUAUAAUAAAGUGUUCACCUCUUUACUGUGUUUAUAAUAACGUGAUAUUAUGAAGCCCCCUGAUAAUCCACUCCUUUAUGCCGCAUUGCUUACGGCGUUGAAUGAUCAUAUUUAACCACACUGGUCAGUGCAGGUUGGUUAUAUGGGGGAGCCUAUAACCAUUUCGAAUACUAUUGACCACUGAUGUUAGACUUGAUCAGGAAUAGAACUCGGGUCGCCAGGUUUAUACACAAGUGUUUUAACCACAAUUCUACUAUGCUCUUUGGUUCUUUCGGUAAAGUCACGUAGGUUUAAAAUAAAAUAAAUCACAUUUCUACCGUUCCCCUUACUAUAUUUAUUUUAAUAUCAGCGAAAGACUCUUAAAGUUUUAGUGAGCAACUUUUAUUCAUAUUUUCCUCAUUCAGAAGUUCCGUUCUCCCCCUUCCCCACCACCUACCUAUCUCUUAGGAAAGGUGUGUUCUGUUUGAGUACUGGCACAUAGUGAAAGAUUGUUGGAUUAGCACAGACCAUAAAAACACGGGGUUUCAUUGAUUAUUGCAAUGUAGUUGCAACUCUAUCCCAAACGACACGAUAGCCAACAACGACAUUGUAAUUUGUGCCACUGCAGUUGAAGGACUGCAGUUUCUCCUCCGCUGUAGUAAACAACGUGCUCCAUUAAAAUAUAUUUCCAUCCCCGCACGCCACCGGGGUUAUGCUCGAACCCUUGUUCACUUACACCAAUCCUGAACUAUACUCGCACACCGAGCCUAAACAAUCAAUUGUUCACCUUAACCCCGCCAAAUUGGUUUGCGCCAGGUACAAAAUUAGUUUGUUAACGCCUGGCGGAGCGCCGCAAGACUCUUUCUUUCUCCACUACAGCCACGGCUACGCGCCAGUGUGUGGUCAUGUGGAAAAGCCCAAGUGCAGCUCAGGACAACCUGGCGCGGCUGCCGAACAUGUGCAGGGCGGCGGCGCAGGCGGCAAUUAUGGGAGCAGGAGACGGGGUCCGUGGUGACGGGCGCGGGCCACGGGUCAGGCACACAGCCUGCCCCCCCCACACGCCCCCUCAGCAGGCUUCUCGAAUAAGUGGGUCACUGCAUGCCUGUGGCUGUCGGGAAUGCGGACAGUCUUAACUAUCGCUCGGUCUGUUGUUUGCCGCCGUCGGCCGUGCGAGCUGAGAUGGGGCGUAAAGACACGAGGUUGCGCUUCGUAUUCACGGCUAGCAAGCGGUGCCAGCUGCACCGCUCGAUGGAGACCACAAAGUUGUCCCUGGGACGUAAUCAGAAAUCUGUCUGUUUUAAUGCAGUCGGAAAGGUUCGUUGCUGCUCUGCUGGAAUUUUAAAAAGGCAAACGCACGUGAUUUUGAGUGCAAGGGACCUUGCGUGUGAAAUAUGCCCGCCGCAUCGAUGGAACAUGAUUGAAAGUAAUGUCAACGGAGCUGAAAGAAUAAUUACUUUAGAGUUACGAGCUACAAAGCAGUGUGCGCAGUAGUAAUGAUGUCUGUUAAACAGGAUUACAAGACGACUGUGAGCUCCCUGCUUGUUUACAAAAUACAAGUCGUCACUAACGUAUGUGAUUUACAAUUUAAUGGAUGGUUCUGUGAACAAAAAAUAUAAUUAAAGCUGACCUCCCAAAACAUCUCCCAGUUAUCUGGCCACACGUCUCUAAUCCCAUCAACGUUAACCAUCGAUCCGCCAAAACUUUAACUGAUUGUGGGUUCACUUCUGACUGAUUCACCGCUUUUGAAUCGUUACGGUCAAUUAAACAUUUCAUGGGUUGUUUUGUCCUGCAUAAACUUAAACUUACACUCGACGGCAACUGUUUUACGUUUGUUUUGGUCCAUUUGGUUAUUUAAAGUAUUUUAAGUGUACCGGAAACCUGUGGUGCAAUCUCAGAACAUGUGCAUAACUGCGGCAAGCAGGAAAAAUGCUUUAUAUUUUGGUACUUUCUGCCACGAAAGCAUUGGUAAGGGGGUAUGUUUGAGCUUUUCAAACAAUAAGGGCCUUGGUAAUUAUCUGCUAUAUGCAACUAGCAAGCCGCUCGCCAUAGUUGCCCCCGGUGCUUGAGUCUUCUUGGCAAGCGAGUAUGGUUACAAUAUUAGUCGGCAGGUGUUGUGUUGCCUCCUUGAGCAAGUUUGAGACGACCUCUCCAUUGUGUUUUCUUGGUUAUGCCGUGCGUUGUUCCAUGUUUAGCGCCAUGCUUGACUGCCGAAAGAAGCUGCCCAGCACGCAGAACUGAAUUCAGUUCCUGAAGAAACUCCCAGCACAGAGCGAAUUUCAGACAUAAUGCAGAACAACAUAAGCACGGUACAACCCGAAAGCACAUUGGAGAGCUAUGCAGUACAACCACGAUAACCUACGCAGCAGCCUGACGCACAUACUCAGGCUAAUGGGCUUUGCCAUGCUCCAUGGUUACCUGGGUAAGUUAAAGAAAAGUGCAGCGAGGCUCUGUACUUGGCUAUGCGGAGGGCUUUUUAUUUGUGUUAGGGGUAGGAUAAGUGCUUCCUUGUAAGUGCAUGGUCUGGCGGCGUUAAGUGUGCCUUUGUAAUGUAAGUUUUAAAUUUGAAUGGGAACGGGUGUGGGGUGUAGCCUGGGUUUUGGUUCUUAAACGAAACAAAACGACGUGUACCUUGGACCCCCGCGCCGCCGAGGCAGUGUUAAUUUAGUCAGCAUUUAUAUUAUUUUAGUCGUAGUCUUAAUAUAUUCCAACGACAUCCUGUGGAAUUUUACUCAAGUGUUUUUUUUCUCGCCUGCGGAUUUUCAUUUAGUCAUUCCCUUAGCCUAGUCGAUGAAAGCAGUCAAAAUUUUGGUGGCGAGGGCUGCGGAAAUUUUCUCCCUCCCCCCGUCCCCGAUACCGAUAUUGUUAGGUCAGCCAAAGAGUGCAUUCACAUGCAUAUAUAUCUAUUCUAUGGGCCUUACGGUAAAGCCACAUGGCUUUACCGAAAGACCCAUAGAAUAUGUUUUCCUGCAGUCACGAAAGCUUUAAGUCAUAUAUAUCUAUUUACUAUAUUUGGUCUUCCUCGGUGAACUGCAAUAUAAAUUAUCUCAACCUGCACCUUCAUUGACUCACGUUAAGUUAGAUUCUUCAUAGUCGCCCACCUUUAUCUUUGGUAGGUGGUCGUAGUCACAGGUAGUGCUGAAUAACUUUCGCCCACUCGUAGUCAUCGGCUGGCCAAAACAAAAACGUGCUCCGUCGACUAUUUUUGGCACUCGUUUCGUUGAUGAAAUUAACACCGCUCUUUUUGAGGUUUUGGUCAGAUUGGUGCCCGGUGAUACGAAUCCCCAUUUCAGUGCAGGAUGUCGGGCGGCCGGUUGAAAACAACGGGAUUUCUGACCGUUUCCAAGGAUACACACAUUUUUCACAUUGUUCAGAUAACUGGCAAAAUAUUUUAAAAAACAUGGCGAGGCUUGUCUGCGGGUUUAAUUUACUGCGCUUGUUUUAUCCGUCAUGGAAAUAAAUGCGGUGUGUGUGCAGGUAUAAUCGAAAUUGAAAUUUGCUUUUAACAAUUGCCGAAAUGAGACCGACGUGAAGUAACUAAACUGAGUUGUGGUGAGGGGACCCCAUUUGAGGCUUAGUAUUUUAACGUGUGACGAGAAAGUAUUCCAUAGCCAAUUUGUUUCUUGUAAGAUUUUUCCCCAGAGUUCAAGUUUUGACCUUUGUUUGAAAUUAAUAGGCUUGUCAUAUGUGGUAAUGUAAUUCGGUAUGCGUGUCUGCAGCCCCCUGUUAGAUGUGCACAUAAAAUAUUUCGACCAGCGAAACAUUUUAGUAAGAGAAAAAUAAAUUCCAGAUGUGGUAAAUACCAACGAUGUUGAGCAAAUAGUAUUUUUAACUUUGUUCCUCUGAAGCAGAAUAAACACCACGGGGCUUCAGACUAAACACUCGAGCUCAUUUCUUCGGUCGCAGCAAAAGUUUAGCAAAAUGAAAGUGGCUUGGGCAUUAGCGCCGUAAUCGGAGCGUGGGCUCUGUCCCGCUGAGCUGAGCCCCUGACGAUGUUAUCAAAUCGCUCCGCCCCCACAUACAUGCCCGCUUGGUUAGCAGCACCAGCAGCGGUAGUCACGACAGAGGUAUGAAGAGCAUGCGUUUUUUUUUUUGCCCCGUCUACUGAUUUUUGCGAUGUGAAAUCCAGUGGGUGGCAUCUGGAGGGAUUGACGACUUUGUUUCGCCUUCUUCUCUUGAAGCUCGCGAACUUUAUGCCAAACAAAAAUAAAGUCCGUUCUCGUGAGUCAGUUUGAGUCACGGUAACAUCGGCUUAGCUCAUCACAAAAAACCCUGAACGGUGCCAGACAGUCUAAGUCCUCUUCCAGUAGACCGCAGUGCAAGGCUGGCUGUUGUAGGUGCUGUGCUGCGCAGUGUCGCCCGUCGUGGCAUCACAUCAUCGGCAUCGUCGCGGAGGCGCCUAACAGGGAGCACUUCAGGGAAUCACGAGGGCAUUCACGUUGCUCGCUGUCGGGAACUCGGUUUUACCGUGCCUCGCGCUGCUGCUGCUGCUACUGCUCCGUGUAGCAGGGAGGCUGGCGACCAUGGCACUGUGGAGCCAGGCCCAACAGCUGCAGGGAGACUAUCUUCGGCAGAUGCAGUCGCUCUACGGGCAGCACUUCCCCAUCGAGGUCCGCCACUAUGUGUGCCAGUGGGUGGAGCAGCAGAGAUGGGAUGAGGUGGAGGUGGACAACCCUCAAGAGGAGUUCCGCGCCAAGGUGCUGCUCGACAACCUGGUGCAGGAGCUGCACAGGAAGGCCGGCCAGCUCGUGGGUGACGACGUCUUCGUGCUCAAGCUCAAGCUUGACAGCUACGCCACACAGCUACAGACUCACUACGAGCACACGCCCAUGGAACUCGUGAAGACGGUGAAGCAGAUCCUGUUCCAUGAGCAGCGCCUGGUGCGCGAGUCGGCCAACCCGGGGACGCCGCUGAGUCCCGUGGACAGCAUGUCCCAGAAGCAGGCGCAGAUCACGGCCACCUUCGAGGAGCUCCGCGCCAUGACCAACGAGACGGACACUGACCUGCGCAUGCUGCAGCAGAGCCAGGAGUACUUCAUCAUUCACUACCAGGAGAGCCUGCGCAUUCAAGGGCAGCUGCACCAACUGUCCCAGCCGGCGCGCCCACCCCAGGAUCAGAGCUCGGUGCAGAGCAUGCAGCAGAGCCUGCAGCAGCGCCGCGUCAACAUGGACAGCAUCCUGCAGCAAGAAGCGCAGCAGCUGCAGAAGUUGCGCCUGGCGCUGGCGGAGAAGCACAAGAAGACGUUCCAGCUGCUCACCAAGCUGCAGACCACCAUCCUGGACGACGAGCUCAUCCAGUGGAAGCGCCGACAGCAGCUGGCCGGCAAUGGGGGGCCCUCCGAGGGGGGGCUAGACUGCCUGCAGGGCUGGUGCGAGAAGCUGGCGGAGAUCGUGUGGCAGAACCGGCAGCAGAUCAAGCGCGUGGAGCUGCACCUGCAGCAGCUGCCCAUCAUGGGGCAGUGCCAGGAAAUCCUCACCGAGCUCAACUCCACCAUCACCGCCCUGCUCUCCGCGCUCGUCACCAGCACGUUCAUUAUCGAGAAGCAGCCGCCGCAAGUGCUCAAGACGCAGACCAAGUUUGCUGCGACGGUGCGGCUGCUGGUGGGCGGAAAGCUGAACGUGCACAUGAACCCGCCGCAGGUGGUGGCCACCAUCAUCAGCGAGCAGCAGGCCAAAGCCCUGCUCAAGAACGAGAACACGCGCAAUGAGAGCAGUGGAGACAUCCUCAACAACUGCAGCGUCAUGGAGUUCCAGCAGGCCACAGGGACUCUCACCGCCAACUUCAGGAACAUGUCUCUCAAGAAGAUCAAACGCUCAGACCGGCGUGGAGCGGAGUCGGUCACAGAGGAGAAGUUCACCAUCCUCUUCCAGUCGCACUUCAGCAUCGGGGGCAAUGAGCUUGUCUUUCAAGUCCGGACGCUGUCCCUGCCCGUAGUGGUCAUCGUUCACGGGAGCCAGGACAACAACGCCACCGCCACUGUCCUGUGGGACAACGCCUUUGCCGAACCGGGCCGCGUGCCGUUCCAGGUGCCGGACAAGGUGGCAUGGCCCCAGCUGGUGGAUGCCCUCAACAUGAAGCUGAAGGCCAGCGUGGAGAGCCAGAGGGGCCUCUCGGAGGAGAACAUCGUGUUUCUGGCACAGAAGGCUUUCAACAGCACGUCCACCCACGCCGACGACUACUGCAACCUCACCAUCUCCUGGGCGCAGUUCAACAGGGAAAGUCUGCAGGGCCGAAACUUCACGUUUUGGCAGUGGUUCGACGGGGUCAUGGAGCUCACUAAGAAGCACCUCAAGCAGCACUGGAACGACGGGGCCAUCCUGGGGUUCGCCAACAAGCAGCAGGCACAGGACAUGCUCCUGUCCAAGCCCAAUGGGACCUUCCUGCUGCGCUACAGCGACUCCGAGAUCGGUGGCAUCACCAUCGCAUGGGUCGCCGACAACCCCACCAACCGGGGCGAGCGGCUCGUGUGGAACCUCAUGCCGUACACCGCGAAGGACUUCAGCAUCCGCUCGCUGGCCGAUCGCAUCAGCGAUCUCAGCCACCUUCAGUUCCUGUACCCGGACCGGCCCAAGGACGACGCCUUCUCCAAGUACUACACGCCGCUGAUGCCCAACGGGCGUGAGGUGAACGACGACGGCUACGUGAAGCCAGAGAUCAAGCAGGUCGUGCCCGAUUUUGCCACGGCGUACUCGGAUAGCUCGGCGCCCAACACGCCCUACACGCUGGACCACUCCUCCAUGUCGCCUGUGAGCACCCAGGCCACCUUCGCCACCUACGCGCCCAGUGGGGAGAUGAUGUUGGAGCCUGACACGGACUUCGACUUGGACUCGAUGGAUGUGGCACGUCACAUGGAGGAGCUGCUGAACCGGCCCGUUCUUCCACAGUGGCCGAGCCAGGGAUAGCCAGGCACACACCGCUCGCUCGCUCACUCACUCGCUCGCUCAAACGUACGCUAAACCAGUCGCUCUCAUUCACGCAUACUUGCAUGCAAACGGCGCUCGCACGCAUGCUCACACGCACGCUCAAUUACGCACUCAUUCACGCUCGCUCACUCACACUCGCUCGCACUCAAACCCUCGCAGACUUGCACAUUCACUCGCACACCCACGCAUAUGCCCGCGAGCUGACCACACUUGCACACCUGCAGAUUUGUAAAUGUACGCACCUUAACCCAAGCAAUGGUUUAACAGGUGGACUGAGCAGGGUUUGAGAGAUGGCCCGAGGAGGGAGGGGAUGGGCUGCACAGGGUUAGGGGAUUACCGCUUCGUAGGGGUGGAACGACUCUUCGCUGCAUCCGAUGAAAUUUCGAUUUUUUUAAGCUCACGACACACACAUCGAAUCGCGUGCGUAAGAAUCAACUUUUUUUUUCUGAUUCGAGUGCAUCGGGCAUAAUGGGUUCACAUCACCCCCUCUGCAGCCACCAGCGCCGCCAACAUUCAGCGCAAUGUUACGCAAAAUUGUGAUCCGUUCUUGAAGCGAAUCCGGACCCUGAACCUAGACAAUUUGUCAAAUCACCAGGGUCGGAGGGGCGGGUGGCGGGUGAUCGUUCCACUCUUACCGCUUUGGGUACUUGGGCUGGGAGUAAUACAUAGACAUAGACUACACGGGACCUGGGGCUUAUAGACUGCACAGGGGCUGGGGCUUAUAGACUGCACAGGGCCUGGGGCUUAUAGACUGCACAGGGCCUGGGGCUUAUAGACUGCACAGGGCCUGGGGCUUAUAGACUGCACAGGGGCUGGGGCUUAUAGACUGCACAGGGCCUGGGGCUUAUAGACUGCACAGGGCCUGGGGCUUAUAGACUGCACAGGGCCUGGGGCUUAUAGACUACACAGGGGCUGGGGCUUAUAGACUACACAGGGCCUGGGGCUUAUAGACUGCACAGGGCCUGGGGCUUAUAGACUGCACAGGGCCUGGGGCUUAUAGACUGCACAGGGCCUGGGGCUUAUAGACUACACAGGGGCUGGGGCUUAUAGACUACACAGGGCCUGGGGUUUAUAGACUGCACAGGGCCUGGGGCUUAUAGACUGCACAGGGCCUGGGGCUUAUAGACUGCACAGAGCCUGGGGCUUAUAGACUACACAGGGGCUGGGGCUUAUAGACUACACAGGGGCUGGGGCUUAUAGACUGCACAGCUUGAGACUUAUGGACUGCACAGAGGCUGGGGCUUUUGACUGCACAGGGGCUGAGGCUUAUAGACUGCACAGGGCACUUCGACUGAGCAUAGUUUGGGGAAGAGGGGACGAGGUUCAAAAGCAUAGGAGAUUGUCGGGCGACCAGGGUUUCCCUACUAGAAAUGUGAAUGGGGGACCGUAGCGAAGAGCGACCGGGUUCCUUUAGGCACGGGUGUGGCUGGGCCCAAAUGAAAAACAAUCCCUGCUUACAAACCACUCAACAGGCAUUCACUUAUCCUGAGCUAGCCAGCGUACCUACAUAAGUGUCUUUGCCGGAGGCUGUCCACGCAAACAGGACUCCUCAGCAGACAUAUGCAAGCUCUUACACACAUCGAAAAAAAUCUCAUGCUGACCGGUUAGCUGGCUUCCGAACAGCCACUCGAGUGUAAGCAGCCCGUGCUGUAUACACGCACCCAACCUCAAGAUGAAUUUUUGUACUCAUCCGAUUACGCCUUACAAGUGACCUCCUCGACGCCGACCACCUGGACCUACGCCUGCGGAUACCUUCGCCCCGACACUUGCGGGUGGCGGCGGUGGCGGCAUCAUCUCUCUUGUCGCCACGAUGUGGGGGGCGGGGGGGGGAGAGGGAGGCUGGACGGGGACCCUGCAACUGUGGUGGGGGUCCUCCCUGGCGCGGCACGCAGGGCCCGUAACCCCGCCGGCUUCGGUGCCAGGUGAAUGUUACCGCUGCGUUGGGGGAGGCAGGAGGGACUCUUUUCUUAGGUUUUUUUAAAGCAAUUUUUUACAGUAAAAACGCAGGCUGCGGCCGGCUCACCCGCCGCCCUGCAGUCGACUCGUUGCAUCACUCGGUCCGUCCCCGCUCGGGCUGCCGCGCCGCGUAAGUUCCGCCACUCGUGCCUGCGGCGCUGCUCUGGCCCACACAGGCCCACACUAGCCUACGGUGGCCUACACUGGCCCACACUGACCCCUAGUGGUCCACACUGGUCCACACUAGCCUACAUACUGGCCCACACUGGCCUACGGCGGCCUACACUGGCUCGCACUGGCCCACACUGGCUCACACUGGCUCACACUGGCUCAUACCAGCCCACACCGGCCCCCGGUGGCCCACACUGGGCCACACAGUGGGGUUUUAACGGCCAUACUGGUUCAUAUCAGCGCCUGGUGACUUGCAGCGCUGGUACACGCUGUGUUGAACCUGUGCCGGGCGUACCGGUCCGUGCGUGCCUUUGGGCCGCUCGGCCGGCACGGUGCUGGUAUCGCCAGCAGUGGCCCUGUCACUCACUACAGUAUUUCAAUACCUUCAAGUAUCAGGGAACGCUCGGGCAGCUCAGAUAAACACAAAACAAGCUCUUAAGGACUUCACGCUCGUCGGUUCCUACCUACCGGCCUUUAUUUUUUUAAACGUCGCACAUCGUUUCACAACAACCCGGGUCACGCACGGUGGGGGUUUUUGUUGUUCAUUGAGGUCCUUCAGUUUUUUGGCGGAGGUGGGAGGUCCGGGCGGCAGAUUUGACGCCGACUCGGGUUCGGCCGUAAGCAACAAAAGGGACAAAAAUGAACGGGAAGUGAAGAGACUGCUUUGGAUAUGGUCAGGUGUAAAGUUGAGUUUGUUGACGAAUGGGGUCAGGAGUGGUGCUAAGGGCUCUUUCACUCGUUGAUCAGGGGUCAGGGGACCGAGAGUUUCAUCGGCGUCUGGGGGUUAGCACUAGCGCCGCGUGCGGCUAUUGAGUCUUGUUGGCUCGUGAUGUAGAUGGCUAGUACGAUUUAGAUGUCGGGAUGUUGUUCGGUUGGGUGUUCGGGUUAGGGGUAGUUCCUCGCGCUAGCGGCUAUGUCCGUAUGUAUGUUGAACUUCUUUCGCGCCGUACGUAGACAACCGUGCUAAGCGGGACUUGCGGGAGAAGGACAACAAACAAUGUGUAGUGUUAAUAAUGUACGCUGCCCGUAUCUGCACCAGGUCUGGGCUAAUGGCCACACUGCUGUCCACUGUCAGCUGUCCAAUGUGAGGGUGCAAGCGAGACCGACGCUAGUUCACUCGUGGAUUCUGGGGUAGGGCGAGUGUGUUUGGACCCCGAGCGUGUUGAGGAUGAUAUCGGCUGGUUGACUUAUGAGUUCAGGAUAGGGUUGCUCCGCCCCUCGUUUCUUUGUUCGUUUUUUUCUGUGCUGGUGCUCACGGCGCCCCGAGUCAGCCAUCGGAGGAGCGAGACACGAACUCCAGCACCGCGGCCCUCCCGAAUGAUGGGAGCGAGGGAUCGAACUCACAUGCACAGUGCUCACGGACGCCGAACGGACAUCGGCUAUGUUUCCAUUGCGAGUGUUUAGCCCGUAAACGCAUCUGGACAAAAGUGCAGCGAGCUCGCGUCUUAACGCGCGCGUAAGUCGCGCGUGCGGUUUUCCCGUCUGCUAUUUCGGAAAUUAGCAGGAAGCUCACGAUCCCGUGGGGAGCCAUCCUCCCCCCCCCCCAUAUCUCUCUUGCACCCCCCCCCCCCAACCUCGCUUGUGUCCCCUCUCUUGUCCCCACUAUUUUCAACCCCGGCUCCCACCUUCGAGGAGAUAUCAGGUGGCUCAAUGAAACGCAUCGCGAAUCACAAAGAUCUUCCGAAAGACGUAAAAGCGUAUCGGUAAAACUACGUGUGGAAGAUUGAUUUCGGAAUUCGUUUUUUUUUUGCUCACCGCAGACGUUAUUCUCUUCCUCCUGUUUGUUUGAUCCCUGCGUAUUCCGGCCUGCACGUUACACCUGUGGACGUGACCAAGACUUCUCCUUCCGGAAGAGGCCACGUGCCCCUGGAGGCCGAUUCGUACUCUCACACAAAAAAAGCGACUUUACGUUUUUCUCGGUCAAGAGCUUGUCGAUUUAUGCCCAGCUAAUGAACCCUUGCGUCGUCUCUGCUUCAUACCAAACAGUGGGCCAUUGUUAAAAUAUGUGCGUUAUGUAAUUCGUGAAACAUUGGCAUAUUUCUGUAGUAAUUUUUUUUCAUUUGCUACCAAAUGUUGAAUCGGGCUCUUUGCACCAUUAAUGUAGCCCUCACAGGGAAAUGCGCACGCGAAGCGACUACAUUAUAGCUUUGUCUAAUUUUAGAUGCGCAGAACGGGAAUUGUGCCGAGAGGAAUGGAAACAUAGCCGACAAUCAAAGUCCCCGCACUCGAUUGCAAAAAAAAAAAAUCGCCGUCCGCUUUGGUGUUUCCACGUAAAAGUUGCGACGCAGGUUUCCCGCGCGUCAUGCGGUAGAUGCGUUCCAAAAAAAAAAAGCGAGAAAUCUCGUUUUGGAAAGGUCGCAAAGUCUCACCCCAACCCACCCAAUGCCCCGCGCGAGACAGCUGCCUGUCGAGUAGCAACGCACACAGCCUGCGCGCUGUCCCCACGUCGGGCAGCAUACGAGUUAAUUAAAACCCCCGCGUAGCUGCAUCGCGAAUUUUGUGUAGAAAUAAGUUGGACGACAUAAAGCGAGGAAACCUGCACAGUAUUUUUCAGCCUCCCAGACGCGUUGUUCAUCAGCAUCAUGUGUUGAUGCGCUCAAAACCGGUUUCAUCACUUGUGGGGGCCCCUCAUCAGGCAGAUUCGACUUCCAUACGUUUGGGAAGACUCGAGAGUUGUUCGAGAGGCUAAACAUUUGUUGUAUGUGGCGAUGCAUUACAGGCGUAGCUCUUAUCACCCACGAUGCUCGCCACAGGGGUGCGUCGAUUUCAAGCAAUUGGGCGAGCGUCGACUCCUUUGAGCGGCGCAGUGCCCCGUUCGUGGCGCCACUUUGCGUCCGCAAGUCCGCCGGUGGGUGUUGCGCCAGCAGCAAGGCUUUUGGUUGGGACCUGCUCAAGAGUUGCAAUCAGGUUGUUGGUGUUGUUGGUGUUAUUGUUGUUGAGAGAAGUGAGAGGACAAAGGCCAUGAUUCGAUUUGGACGUGGCGGUGGGGCUGUGCUUGCGAGGAGACUGGCGUGCUCGCAUCGGAGCUCGUGUUUAGGAAUGUAGAGGGAAAAUCUGCCGUCCCGUCCGCACGACUUUUAUGGGGAACGUGGAGGCGGGGGGGGGGCGGGGCCUGUGUCGUGCCCCCUCCACCACCACCUACACAUCCCCGCCACCUUACGAGCCAAUCCUGCUUCAGUGAUUGAGCGCUCUAAAAGGUCCCACAUCGUACCGCGGAGAGCCGCAUGGGAGCAUGUAGUUGUAGUUAAAUAUUUUUAUAUUUAACCUCGUUUGAAGGGCAUUCUAACGCAGCAGUACUUCACGUUUUAUCGCCAAAAAAAAGAUGAGUAAUCUUUCCGUUCUGUUUUAGCAUGUGUCAUGAUUGGGACACUUCAUGUCGAACAGAUUUUUCUAUUUUUUAUGUCCACCCUCACUACACGGGACGCAGUGGACGGGAGCGAUGUUGGGUAGCUGGCGGGUACGAGGAUUGUAGAGAUUGGCCGACUUCGAAAAAGUUCACAGAAGUUGGAGGGCGUUUAAACAAGUAAUGUUUGAUUUCAGCAAAACGAAAAAAACGUUCAAACAAGUUUUACUGUCAUGAAGUGAAGCGAUACAAAAAGAAAAACCGCGUGACCUUGAGUCGCUUUUUUCUGUUUCGGAGUGGAGAGCUGGACAGGGAUCCGUCAUUUUAACUGAACCUUGCACACAGUUUUACGUGAAACUCCUAGUUUUUACUCUCGACUGCCAACUCAUCCAUGGUGAUUGUGGGUUAUAUCAUCAGGGCUUAAUUUCAGCUGGAGCUGUCCGUGAGAAAAAAAAAAUAUAUUAGGGUCUGUGGGUGGGGUGGAGUUUGUGGGGGUGGGUGGAGGGGUCCCGGAAAAGAUUCCGUGAGAAAUGAAUCCGCCCGUAUUUCUCCCUCGGCCCUGGAAAGGGGAGAGGCGGGGUGGCGGUAUCCGAUGCGGUACCCUUCUCCUCCCCCCCCCCCCCUUAAGUUUUAAUUUCUCUUUUCCCUUCUGAAUAAAUAAAAAUGAAUAUUUCUCUGGCCAGUGUAUAAUGUAUCUCACCAAAACUGUGGCCUCUAGUAGAGUAGGAUCUCUAGGUGUAACUUGCAGCCAACGGAUUGUUAAUUUUGUACUGUCCUGAGCCAUUCUAUCCUCACAUUUCUACUGAAUAAAUGGCCGCGCUUCGCGUGUGUGUGUGUGACGGUCUACGUUACGACACAUUUGUGGGUCACUGGUUGUGUCUCGUUUACUAUGAACUUCUCCCUCUUAUGUGAUUGUGCAUCGCUUGGGGGUUUUUGGCUACACUUUGGGGGGGGGGGGGUCAUUCGUAAAACAGAAAGAGAGAAACCUAACGCUCAUUUAUUUAAGAGUGUUUCGCUUCAACGCGCGUCUACGCCUUGGUUCACGGAGAUGUUGUCGUCGUCCGUCGUCGUUUUAAUCUUGUUUUUGUUGAGACGUUCGCGUUUUCUCGUUAGGUUUAGUAGUCCCUAUAUAAAAUAAAACAUACUGAGAUAAGCCAUAACUUCAUAGGCACAUGAAUGUAGUAAUACAGCGAAUGACGACGUGUUUCCAUGCCAAAAUCACAGUAAUAUACGCGUUACUGUUGACGUUAUCGCGCGACUGAACAAUCAACAGCACGUGUGUAGAUAAGGCUUAGAGCGCAUAUCGACUAGACAAUACCAUUAUACUAACCGCUUCAGGCGUUACUGGGCCGGCGAUCCAGAUCGCAUAUCGCCCAGUCAAGUGAAUUAGCCUGCGAUUAUAUUAAUUGAUUAAUAAUUAUCGUGAUUAUUAGCUGAUACUGCUGCUGAUGCCGAGGGGCGUGUGUGAACCCCCCCCCCCCCCUAUACCCCCACCGCCCCCUCCCCUCCCCCCGAGCAAAGGAGCUGGUGUCAGGGUGCGCAAAGCUCGUUAAUGACCCCCAGCAGAACGGUGCCUUCGCUGGGCUGGGUUCGCUCAUUAACCUUGAUUGACCUUCGCGGCUGACACAGUUGGGCGCGUACUGCGAUUCUUCGCUUGUGAUUUUUUUUGUUUUCCCCCCCUCCGUUCGGAAUCCACGUCUCUUGUUGUUCGCACGUGGCCGAAUCUCGGCCUCGACUACCGAUUAUUUAGAUUUUGGGUUUUUGUGUUCGUGUGUUUGCUGGAAUUAACAAAGUGUAGGGGGGGGGCCUCUUUGAUUGUUUCCUUUUGUUUGAACCGAGUCACGGUGGGCGAUGGUUGUGUUGUUGAGUUGACCGCAUGAAGUCCUUUUUGCAAAGUGCAUCCAAGACAGUUUAGGCAAGAACUGAGAGGACCAUGCCAAUGGGGCUGGAGGACGUGAAAUUGGCCGUGAUACUUGGGUGCACUUUGCGAAACAGCAGUGGAACCUCAAAUGGGUGCACCUUGCCUCUAAACGUAGCGUGGAUGGGUUCACUGUAACAUUUCAGGCGACUCGGGGACAACUCGAACUUUGCUAUCCCACCUCUUGAAUUUUCAGGCAGUCGCCUGAAUGUCUACCGCCUGAAUGUUCCAGGCGGGUGCGCAACAUGUCGGGGAUUCUACCUGAUUAUUAUUGUUUUGUAAAUGACGUUGCUGAGCAUAGGCCUGAAGGCCGGCAGCGCCAAGCGGCCAGCAACAAAGAGCACUCAAUUUCGAGCUGUCCCUAAGCAGCCUUGAAGCACUUCAGGUUGAUUGCAUGUUUUUGUUGUUGUUGAGAAGUGUGGAGGAACACACACACGGCACACCGCCCAUAGGAGGCCGGGCGUGGUUUUGCUACAGUGUGCAUACCAGGGAGUUUGCAGGGGGUGGGUAUCUCUCUCGCUCUCAUUUUGUAUUUUAUUUGUGAGCAGUAAGAAUAGUUCAACAGUACAUAUACUGAAAGGGAGGUGUGGGUGUGUUAAGUAUUCAUUCAGAGGGAGUGGGGUGAGUGUUGGGGGUGAGGGAGUUGCAUUGUCCAGAUUGUACGCGAUAUUAUGAACUAGAUUAUAUGCGCUUUAUAUUUAGUGGGAGGGGGGGGGGGAGUAGCUUUCGAGGCGACGCCCUUCAUCUUAACACACACACACAAAAUCCAUCCGCUGAAUGUGGCUGGCGCGGGCAGGAGGCCGCGCGCGUUGCCGUUCGUUCGUUCGUCGUCGUCUGUCGCAACUCCGUGCUUUGCGAGUCGCCCCUCGCUCUCUCGCGGCGUCCCAAGUUGUGGUUGUCGCCGUUUCUCCCCCCGCCCCGCGACCCCGCUGUGCAUGAGGCGUCUCGCUUCGCCGCCGUCGAUUUUGCUCCAUUUGUGCGCGCGCCUCUGGUUUCUGCUUCGUGAUCAUGGACUCUAGUUUACACGAUUUUCUGCCAAUAAAGGUUUUUUUUUUGUUUCGUUUUCUUAA